CACAGUAUUAUUACCUUCCUCCUUAUCUGCCUCAAUCCUCCCAUUUCACCCUCUCCGGCAUUCAGCCCUUCAAGCCUCAACACAAUACCAAAUCAUAAUGGACUAUACAGACCCCUUCCUCCAAGUCCAAGCGGACGUCCUCUCCACCCUUCAAAGCACCCGACCCCUCUUCUCCUCCUACCUACGGAUUCGCUCGCUCGCCAAAUCCCCCAGCAACCCGGAGCUGCAACAAGCGCGCUCGGAGCUCGAAACCACGCUGACCGACCUGACCGCCGACCUGGAUGACCUCGUCGAGAGUGUGCGCGCCAUCGAACAGGACCCGUAUCGGUUUGGGCUGGAAUUGGAAGAGGUUCAGCGCCGCCGAACGCUCGUCACGGAUGUAGGCGCGGAGAUUGAGAAUAUGCGCCAGGAGCUGCAGCGGGCGGUGACGACGGCCUCAGCAACGUCAGCGGCGGGAGGGUCGUCGCACCUGCCGAAUCCAGCGGACUUCGAUGAUGAUGGCGACGGUGGGCUACUGUCGCCGUCUGGGGAGCGCGGCGACGACUACUAUGCGGCGAUGGAGCAGCAGCGGCAGAUGGAGUUGAUGCAUGAGCAGGAUGAGCAGCUGGACGGGGUGUUUCGGACGGUGGGGAACCUCCGCCAGCAGGCGGACGAUAUGGGGAGGGAGCUAGAGGAGCAGGCCGUCAUGAUUGAUGAGGUGGAUACAUUGGCCGACCGCGUGGGGGGCAAAUUACAGAGCGGGAUGUCGAAAUUGAAGUAUAUCAUUCGGAAGAAUGAAGAUACAAUGUCCUCCUUUGCUAUCGCGGUCCUGAUAUUCGUUCUAGUCCUGCUCUUGAUCCUGCUUCUUGUGCUUUAAUUGGGAGGAUUAUGGCACAAUGUUCUUAUAAAUCGUCCGGUCGCGCAUUUAGACCUUGGUCUUCUUACGAGGGCGGGACUGCUCCUCGUCGUCGUCCUCAUCCUCGGAAACGUCGAUAUCGCUGUAGUCGAGCUCCUCGAUGGCUUGAUCCGUGACUAAACACCGUUAGUCAAUGCGAGACCGAGUGCAGGAACGGCUGAGCAUCACUCACCAUAGUACUUCAUCGCAUUGGGCCAAAGGUCCUCGGCAAUGGCGAUGGCCAACUCCUCACCGCCAGGGAAGAUCUCGAUGAACUCGAAGUCGUCCUCCAAAUCGUCAU